AGUAUACGCAAGUCGAUUCUACGUGUAAGCAUGUGUGUAAUCGACAUGCCUGAUUAUUUCGAUAAAUCGACUGAACCAUUAGUCAUAACUGACGCUUUCCUGGCUUCUACUGGCGCCGACGUGUCGAUGUGAUAUUGAAAUUUCUAUGGAUGCUCAGCGUGCGAGGGCGGCAUACGAUGGUUACUCUGGGCGAGUGCUGUAGUGGGUGGUUGGACAAACGGGAGACGAGCGAGAGAACGCGACGUCACGACGCGUUGUGGCGGUGCGGUUGAGUAGGGCGCGGAACAGUUCGGCGCGGCAACGUCAGAGAACGUAAGACGAGAGAGAUCGUAUAUAAUACGCGUACGAUGACCGACGAAGCGACGGAGCGCUGCAGCAGUGACAAUGAAGGCUGACCGAGUUGCAGCCAUAGGGCAUAAAUAGGUCGGUUGAUUUAGUGACUCGGUUAUUAGAAAGGGACUAUAAAAAAACUGUGCGAGGGACCGACGGCCGUUACAACAACGACGACGACGGCGGAAGCGACGGCAGAGGCGGGCGACUUUUCACGCUCAAAUCGAUAAUUCGAGCAACGUGGCGAUAAGAGACUCCUCUGUGAAGAGUUUGAUGUUGCUUCGCUGAACGACGGUGCGUGAUAAACGUUGUACAUACACACACACGCACUCUCUCUCUCUCUCUCUCUCUCUCUCUCUCUCUCUCUCUCUCUCUUUCUCUCCCUCCCUCCCUCCCUCCCUCUCUCUUCCGCUCUCGUGAAAUUUACGUGUCGGGGUGAUAAGGGCUCGCAGGAGCGAGCGUACCACCCUCGUUAUCAGCGCCGCGCUACUUGUAUCCGGCAUACCGACGUACACCCUCGGUCUUUUGGCUGAAGCUUGCAACGAGCGGCCACGGUGAAUCAUGAUGUACGGCGAGAAAGAGUUACAGACAAUGAGAUGCAGACCACGUAAUCUGAUGCGUCGCAGAAGAUGGCCUCUGCAGCUGGGUUUCUUCUUGAUCUAUGUUUUCGUGCAGUAUGUCGCCUCGACGAAAACAUUGUCUGAUACGACGGUGUUCUCUUCAAGCUCUAUGCAGGACGAAAAUGAUUGGACAUCGACAGGAUCAUCAAUUAGCAUCACUGAGGAAGUAACGGAGGCUUUGCCAACGAUCUCGGCAACCGUGGAGAAGCCCAAGGAGAAUCCUACGGAGAAACCUAAAGAUAGCAUCGAGAAGACCACGAAGCUCCCUGAAAUGGCUCUGUCGAAAUAUAAUCGAGAAACCACCACGAUCGCCACAAUGCAGGUUACUUCAACUCAAGCUCCGACGAAGUAUCCGUAUUCGACGGUGAGACCGCGAAGAACUAAUUGCUCGGCGCCCGCUAUAGAACAAUUCCCACGUCCGUUAAUGGGUCCCGAGGCUAGAAAACACGGGGGACUCAUAAUACAUAUUUUAGUUGCUAUCUACACAUUCCUGGGUCUCGCUAUCGUAUGCGACGACUAUUUUGUCUCAAGUCUGGACAGAAUUUGUGAAGAAUUGAGAUUGUCUCCUGAUGUCGCUGGAGCCACUUUUAUGGCUGCCGGCUCUUCCGCCCCUGAGUUAGCAACGGUGAUUAUUGGCGUAUUUUUCGCUAAAGAUGACAUCGGAGUGAGCGGCGUUAUUGGUAGCGCCGUCUUUAAUAUAAUGUUUGUUAUAUCGAUUUGUGGGCUGUGUUCCGCGACAGCCUCCAAAUUGAAUUGGUGGCCUCUUUGUCGAGACUGCUUCUUCUAUGCUAUUUCAAUCCUCGUGAUGCUUGGUACGAUUUAUAACGAAUCCAUUUCUUGGCUUGAGUCUCUAUUUAUGUUAAUAAUGUAUAUGGUAUAUUGCGUGGCGUUGUCCUUCAACGCUAAAUUAGAACGUUGGGCGAAGUCAUACAACAUUCCAUUCCUGCCGAAGGAUGACGAACCAGCUGAAGAGAGCGCUUUAGUAAGUUACAGGUCUUUGCAGGAAGAUCGGUUAUCUUAUACAGGUCCGAAUUCGCCAGUUACUGAGCAAGUGAAAAAUCAGGAAGGAAGCGGCAUUCAAGAGACCGAGCAGCAGCCGACAACACAACCGAAACAGCCUGAAUAUUAUAAAGCAAAAGAGCCUGAUCCUAAUGAAGUGUCACCUCUCGUGAUGCCGACGGAUGGCAACAAGUGGACUUUAUUUACCUGGGGUCUCGUCUUUCCUAUUCAUUUCAUGUGUCGUGCAACGAUGCCGGAUUGUCGGCAAGAGAAAUGGCGAAGUUGGUACCCUUUCACGUUUUGCAUAUCGAUGAUUUGGAUUAGUUUUUACAGCUACAUAAUGGUGUGGAUGAUAACUAUUAUAGGGAGUACUUUGGGCAUUCCCGAUACCGUAAUGGGAUUGACUUUCGUCGCCGCUGGUGUGAGUGUACCAGAUGCUCUUUCCUCAUUAGCGGUAAUAAAAGAGGGUCUUGGUGAUAUGGCGGUCAGCAAUGCCGUAGGUAGUAACGUUUUUGACAUUUUGGUAUGCCUCGGCCUCCCAUGGUUCAUACAAACGGCCAUGAUACAGCCCGGUUCGCAUGUAAAUGUCACCAGUAGAGGUUUGACAUAUUCCACUGUUUCCUUGUUAUCGACGGUAAUAUUUCUGGUAAUGGCGACGCAUCUAAAUGGUUGGAAAUUAGACCGACAAUACGGCAUAGUCUUGAUGGUCUGGUACUUGAUAUUUAUCGUGUUCGCGUCGCUUUAUGAACUCAAUGUCUUCGGCGAGAUGAAUCCUCCAGUAUGCCCCAGCAAAUUCUAAUACAAUUCCGUUCAUUUUCGGCCCUUGUUUUGCUCAAACGCGGAACGAUCCGAGCAAAAAGCACGAUUUCGGAGGUCGUCUCAGAAAGAAUCGUCUCGCCCGAUUGAAUCGCGAAUGAUGACGCGCGAUCGUAGAUCAUCAUAAACGCUCAGUGAGUUUGUUCGAUUGUCCCUAUACCCCUUUUCCUUUUUACUCGAUGAUGAAGGCAAUGAGAGACGUAAGACUUAGAAGCUAGCUGCAUGUCGAAAACAAAUAUGAUUUUAACUUGCUGUGGAAUUGAUCUGCCACUGUUUGAAGCUUUAGAUAACGAAGAACCUAUUUUUGAGCUUCUUUUCUUUGUGAUUUGUCGCAUAAAAUCCAGACAAAACGUGCUCGCGCAUAAGUACGCAGGCAUUGUAUCCUAUUGACGCUAAUGAAGAAGACCAACGAGUAUUUUGCUUGCUUCUGUUCGUGUACGAGUCCAGUCGGCACGAAUUACAAACGUUUCCCGUAAUCGAAUCAAGAAAGUACCGAAAUAGUUAUGAAAGUUACAAACUUUUUUCAAGAUAAUUAAAUCGAGAUGAAACUUCUUCGACAGACAAUAUGACUGUCAAUAGUAAAGUGUAAUUGCUAUUUAAUACGAGUACAUUGGCAGUAAUGACAACAGUUUGUUCAAGUAAGAUAUAUGAACGUAGCGUAUGGACUCAUGUUGUAAAUUAAUCUUUGCAAAGUUUCGCAUUUUCAAACCUUAACCCUUAGCCACAGACCGAUAGAAGACGUGACGUUUUAUACAGUCAUAUCGUGCAUCCAAAUGCCUGAGUACCACGGAAAGAAUGCCAAUUGACAAUUAAACGUUUUACAUCCUAACGUCUAGUGUACAAAUACAGUAGAGGUUACAGCAGCUUGUUAAAAUAGACCUUAGAGGCAUUAUGUCUGCGGCUAAAUGUUAAGACUGUUAACAAUGCUGUGCGAGAGAACCGUUGGAAGUAGCAAUUAAGUUUAUUCACGUUUCUACGGAAUUGUUAGGGAUAUGUGAUAUUUGAUGUGUGAAAGAUGAUUGUUUUUUGAAAUUGUUAACGUGACGUUAAGUGCGAUCCUUAUUCGACGUGGCUACAAUUUGAAAAUAAUAGUGUUUUUAUCGCGAUGUUUAUGCUACACACACACACACACA